AUGGCCAGUGUUGGCGUCCCCGUAGCGGAAGUGACCGCGUUGAAAUUGGAUGCGAAAGACUGGUAUCCGAACGUAAAGGCUAACACCUCGAAAGGCAAGAUGGCGAAGGCCUAUACCGCCACGCUGAGUCUGGCGAACGGAACCAGCCUCACGGACGUGGUGGAGUAUCGAGCUAGCGGGCAGGGUCGCAAUUACUAUUUCUUCACGAAGCAUCGUUUAGUGCUGAAGAUUUUCGUGGGCCCGACCGGGCAGUGGUCCGCGCACGAGUCGGAAGAACGGGGCUUGCAGUUGUGGCAGCCAAGGCUGCCGAAACACAUUCCUGCGUUCUUCGGCAGGUUCAUCGUCAACGCGGAGACCCACUCGGGGGUGCGUCGAGCGGAUGCGAUAUUGGUUGGCAAGGCGGGUCCCACUCUGCAGUCCGUCUUGGAGGGAAUUGAGGGAAGCGAUUCGGAGUCUAUGCGUCAGCAGGUUCGGCAACACUUCUUCCUGCUGGUUUCGGCGUGCAAGAACGCGUUCGACGCGGGUCUGCGCUUCUAUCCUGACAUGCACGCGCGUAACCAGUACAUGUUCGUGGAUCUGGAGACGUUGCUAGAUGUGAAGCGUCAUCUGACUUUUCCCGAUUGCAUGAGGAAAGCCAACAAAUUUCUUACCAGGCAAGCAUCAUUUCCACAGGGCCCGCCCUUCGCUGCGUUCAAGCAGUUGGCAAGCACUUGCAUCGAUGACUAUUGGGGGAGAAUAUCGGACCUGACAUGGCUCCAUCGCCAGCUGGAGUUGCCGGACAGAUAUCUACCCGAAGCGCCGUCUGAUCCGCCGGCCCCGCUAUCGCCGGCGGACUUCGCAAAUUUGGAAAGACUACAACCAGCCGCCGCGCCGUCGCAUCCGCGGGCCGCGCUUCCGCCGGCGGCCUUUCCAAAUGUGCAAACACAAGAACCGCCGCCGGCGCCUGCCGUCGAGACAGCAUGGGAUGAGUCGAGCGCUUCAGCUGCCGAUCCAUAUCGCCCAAGCAGCACUUCUGCGACCGUCUCGGUCGCUGUGGAGCAGUGCUGA